GAGGACAAGCAGAAGAUCCUUGACAAGUGCAAUGAAGUCAUAAGCUGGCUGGACAAAAACCAGACAGCCGAGAAGGACGAGUUUGAGCAUCAGCAGAAGGAACUAGAGAAGGUGUGCAACCCUAUAAUCACCAAGCUGUACCAGAGCGCUGGUGGGAUGCCAGAAGGAAUGCCUGGAGGCUUCCCAGGAGCUGGAGGUGUCCCUGGUGGAGGUGGAUCCUCUGGACCAACCAUUGAAGAAGUUGAUUAAAUCAUUCUGAGGACGUUUCUCACUGUUUGAAGCACAUUACUGUGUUGUUUUGAAGCACCUUCAUAAGUAUGCUUUCACUUUCGCAUGUUUCUCAAAGAUUUAUUUUUGACCAGUUGUGAGUUGAUGUAUAAACUUGUGAGUAUUUGUUACUUGUUUGUUUUGUAGCUGUUUUGAGCAGCAUGUUUUUGUUCCCAUGUUAAACACAUGUUAAAAAUGCUGCAUAUGCAUCACAUUCUGGUCUGUCGAAUACUGACAAUAAAGUAUUUGCUGUUCACAAAGUGAA